AUGGCGACUAGCGAUGGCGGCGCACAACCCGUGGCGGAGAAAGAGGAAGCUACGGCGGAUGACGGUUCACUGUUGGAUCUGGAGGAGGAGACGACUGGGAUGGACGCAGACGCCGAGCCUGGCGAUGCGGAGUGCGACGCGGUCGAAGGCCUCCUCGAGGUAGGGGGCAGCGACGCAUGCGACGAGGAUCUUGGAGAGGGCGACGACGGUCUUGGCGACGCAUGCGACGAAGAUCUUGGAGAUGGCGAAGACGGUCUCGGCGACGCGUGCGACGUGGACAUCGGAGAUGGCGACGACGGCCUUGGCGACGCAUGCGACGUGGAUCUAGCAGCUGGCGACGGCGCCGGCGACGCUGGCGACACUGGCGAUGACGGCGACGGCGAGGUUCACAAGGCUAAGAAGGCGAGACCCGACCCUUCGAUCCUGGCCGAUGCGUCUCAGCCAGCGAACGGCUGCGAUUCCUCUUCCAAGAAGGAGCCCGCCAUGCCGGAUGAUCCAACGGCUAUGGCGCUAAACCCUGCGGACUGCACCCUCGAUUUCACCAUAUCGGAUCGCGGUCUGCUGGGCGCGGGCUUAUCGCACGGCGGCUUCGCGUACAUGUGGUCGGGCGCGCGCGCCAACUACGGCAUCGCGCUUCGCGCCCCGUCUGCUGCCACCCCCGCAGCAGCCUCGGGGGCAGCGGACGCCUCUGCGAGCACGGCUCAGGGGGGGGCGACAGGGCAAGGGGAGGGGGCAGUGAUAGCACAUGUGGGGUUGGAAGCAGCGGCGGAAGGAGCGGGGCCUGCCGCGACGGGAACGGCUAGUGCGCACGACGGAGGCGGCGGCAGCGGCGGGCGGUAUUGUUUCGCGUGCGUGGUGGAGGAGGAGCAGGCGCUGGACGCGCGGGUGCUGCGGGGAGGGGCGGCGGGCGCCGCAGCACUGGGAGGGGCAGCAGCGGCGGGGGAUAGGGCGCAAGCGGGCACAGGCGGGGAGACGGUUGUGGGAAUCCCGGAGGACGAGAGAUAUUUGUGUCGGAUAGGCGUGUCCACGUUGGAUGCUGACGUGGGGUCGCUGGGGGAGACACGUGACAGCUUUGCAUAUGGCAGCAGUGGGAAGGUAGGUGGGAAAAUCACGGGGGGCGCGGUCGCCCCGUACGCGCGCCCCUGGGCGCGCGGGGACGUGGUGCUGUGUGCCGUGGACCUCCCUGCGCGCGCCCUCGCCUUCGCGCUCAACGGCGCCUGGCUCGGCGAGGCCUUCCGCCUCCCGCCUCUGGGGGGCGCUGCGGAGCUGGCGGAGGGGGGAGGAGGGGGGGAAGGGGACGAAGGGGGCGGGGUUGCGGGAGGAGGGGAGGUGGGGAGUGUUGAGGCGCGGGAUGAGGGGGAAGGAGUGGGGGCUGCUGCGGGGGAAGGGGGUGGGGUGGUGGGCGGGGAGGAAAAAAGGAAGGCGGAGGAGGGUAAAGAAGGGGAGGUUGGUGUGGCAGAGAAGGUUGAAGCGGUGGAGGGCGAUGGGGAAGGGGCGGCAGGAGGGGGUGGGGGGCAAGGGGGAGAGGUGAAGGGAGGGGAGGGCGGUGAAGUUGAAGGAAGGAACGGAACGGAUGGAGAGGUUGGAACAAUGGAAAAGAGCGUGGAGGUAGGGGAGGAGGGCAAAGGGGAAGGUGAGAAGGGCAAGGAAGGCGGUGAGAAGGGCAAGGAAGGCGGUGAGAAGGGCAUUGAGGGAACAGAGCAAGGCAAAGAGUUGGGGGAGGAGGGAGGAGAGAAGGGCAGCGAAGGAAAGGAGGAGGGCGAAGGUGGAGGCGAGGAGAAAAAAGGUGGAGGGGAGAUGGGUAAGGUGGCAGGGGAGGAGGGCAAGGAGGGGACGAGAGAGGGAGGGGAUGCGGGCGAAAAUGACAAGGGCAGGAGCACAGAGAUGGAGGUAGAUGGUGGCGAGCAGGGGCGAGGGGUGGGGGGCACGGGGAGUGCCGGUGAUGCCACAAGGGAAGGCACCGUGAGUGGUGGUGGCGUGGAGGACGGGAAUGCGUGGUUGAAAGCAGCGCUCUUCCCCCACGUGCUCGUGAAGAAUGUCAAAGUGCGUCUACAGUUCUCACUCGCGGACGGCCUCUCACCCCCCCCAGGUUACCUGCCCUGGUCCGACGCGCCCCUCCUCUCCGCUCCCUGCGCCGCCCCUUCCGAGGCUGGGGCUGCCCCCCCUACCACCGUCCCUGCAAGCACGCCCCUUGCUGCCAACGCACAGAGCAGUGGGGAGGCCGCAGCGAAGCAGGAGGCAGGGCAUGGGGAUGGGGGAGAUCGGGCUCAGGCUGCAGAGGCCACUGAGGGGGUAGGGGCAGGGGCAGGGGCAGGGGCAGGGGCAGAGGCAGGGGAAGGGGCAGAGGCAGGGGCAGGGGCAGAGGCAGGGGCAGGGGCAGGGGCAGGGGGGGAGGGGAGUGGAGCUGGAGAAGCAACAGAGGCGGGAGGAGGGGGCGUGGUGGUGCGUGUGGCGGGGCCGGCGUUGGGCAAGAGGGAGGAGUGCGAGGUGGUGAUGAUGGUGGGGCUGCCGGGUAGUGGCAAGUCCACGUGGGCGGAGGAGAGGGCGAGGGCACAUCUGGAAAAGCGCUAUGUGGUGCUGGGCACUGACCGCGUGCUGGCGCUCAUGCAGGGGCCAGGCGGGCAAGGCAAGCAGGGCGAGCGGAGCGAGGAGGGGUAUGGGCAGCGGUGGGCGCAGCUGAUGCCGAUGGCAUCGCAGGUGUUUGGCACGCUGGUGGAGCGCGCUGCUGCCGUGCCGCGCAACUACAUCCUGGACCAGACCAACGUGUACGCCCACGCCCGCCGCCGCAAGCUGCGCCCCUUCCACCACUUUAAGAAGGUGGCGGUGGUGGUGGUGCUGACAUACACGGAGUGGAGGCGUCGCAGUGACCGCCGCACCAAGGAGACAGGCAAGGAGGUGCCUCUUCUUGCAGUGCAGGAGAUGAAAGCCAACUUUGUGUUGCCGCUGACAGCAGCGGAGUCGCGGGGGCGGGACGUGUUUGACGAGGUGCUGUACGCGGCGCUUCCUCGCCCCCAGGCGCACCGCAUAGUGGACCGCGACCGCUUUGAGGCGCAGCGCCUGCUGCACGCCGCCGCCAUCACCGCCAAUGGCAACCGCCCCUUCACCUCUGCUCCCCUCCUCCCUCACCACCAACACCAGCGGCAGCAGCAGCAGCAGUUCCACCGGCCUUUCCCCCAGGGCCCACCCAUGCGCCCCAUGCCCCCCAUGGCCAUGGGCAGGGGUAUGGGCAUGGGCAUGGGCUCUGCUGCGUUGGGGCCGCCCUUCCCCCGCCCUACCCAUCGCGCCCUCCUCAGCUCCCCCCCGGGCCGUGCCGGCCCUCCUCCCCACCGCAUGCCGCACCACCCAUCCCCCCCACUCGUGCACCCCCGCCCUGGCCCUCCCUCUCCCUUCACGCCUCAUAUGCGACCCUCCGUGCUCUUCUCUCCUCCCCUCCGUCCGUCGCCUCCCAUCGGCCCUUCCCCUCGCCUCGGCCCUCCUCCUGGGAGGUUCAACCCCUCCCCCAUGCACCAGCCCAUGCCAGCGCUCCCAUCACACCUCCUCCGCUCUGCCCCUCCGCCCUCCACCUCUCCGUUCCCCCAGCACCGCCUCAAUGCACGCACGCCCCCUCAUGUGCGUGCGGCCAGUCCCCACACGCCCGCCCACCAGCGGGCAGGCCAGCACGUGGGUGCAUCCGCGCAACCCCUGAGCGGUAGCAGCAGCGGCAACCUGGCAGUGCCGUCGCUCACACUGCGCCCCCUCGCAUCGGGCCUUGGCUGGUACUCCUCGCCUUCUCCUGCUGCGCAGCCCGGUGGGGAGGGCACAGGGGAGGGUCUCUGGGAGGGCAUGCUCCCAGUGCUGGCCCGUUGUAUCCGCGUGGCCCACGCUUCCCCUUUCCUCGUGGCUGAGCCUGAAACCAACCCACCUUUCUGUUAUGCCAGCCUAUAG